AUGCGAAGGUUCCUAUCAGCCCAGUCGCUACAGCCGCGAGUAGUCCUUUCUGGCAUCCAGCCAACAGGUGUGCCGCACUUGGGCAAUUACGUGGGUGCUCUACGGCAAUGGGUUCAGCGGCAACACGAGGAGCCCGAGUCUUCCCGCCUGCUGUAUUCAAUUGUCGACCUACAUGCCAUCACCGUACCACAAAAGCCGGAGGCUCUGAGAAAGGCCAAGAGGGAAGCUUUAGCUUCGUUGCUAGCCAUUGGCAUUGACCCAAGUAGAUGCACCUUGUUUUAUCAAUCCGAUGUUCCGGCGCACUCUGAGCUUAUGUGGAUACUAUCAUGCACAGCAUCUGUAGGGUAUCUUUCUCGAAUGACGCAGUGGAAGUCGAAGCUCAGCCUGGCAGAGUCGUCGCGACUGGGUGAUGGGCGCGUUGGAAACAAACUAAAACUUGGCCUCUUCUCCUAUCCAGUCUUACAAGCCGCCGAUAUCCUUGUUCACAGGGCAACUCAUGUUCCCGUUGGUCAUGAUCAACAACAGCACAUUGAGUUUGCGCGAGAGUGUGUUACCAACUUCAACCAUGCCUAUGGGCCUCAUCUCGUCUAUCCAGAUAUUAUAAUAUCACCGGUACGCCGAGUAAUGUCGCUCGCGGAACCGACAUCUAAAAUGUCGAAAUCUCACCCAUUGGCGCGUUCUCGCAUCUUACUUACUGACAAUGCGGAGACCAUCCAUGCCAAAAUAUCAUCCGCGCUAACAGACUCAACGCCGGGCAUCAGUUAUGAUGUGGAGAACAGGCCUGGCAUCUCGAAUCUGCUGGACAUCUUUUCGAUUUUCAGUCCAGAGGGCAAGACUGCGCAGCAAUUAGCUGCUGACUUUAGCGAAUCCAGCCCCCGAGAGCUGAAAGCAGCCGUUUCUGAAGCUGUCGUCAAAGGGAUGGAUGGCAUCGGACAACGCUAUGAAAAACUCCUGAAAGACACCAAGUUUCUCGAUCACGUCGCUGCUGAGGGGGGGGAGAAGGCACGCCAGAGCGCAGAUGAGACCAUGCAUAUUGUCAGGGAAGCCAUGGGCUUGUAA